UGCGGCAUUUCCUCAAAAAAGCAUCAUCAUUGCCCUGGCCUGCCGGAGACGACAAGGGAAAUUCUAAAGACUUAUAAUUGUGGAAAUACCUCAGCUGCUAAAUAAAACCAAAAGAUGUCCUCGCGUUACGAUCGGGCUGUAACCAUAUUCUCGCCGGACGGCCACCUCCUGCAGGUCGAGUACGCCCAGGAGGCGGUCCGCAAGGGCUCGACAGCGGUCGGCGUUCGAGGGGCCAACUGCGUGGUACUUGGUGUGGAGAAAAAGUCGGUGGCCAAGUUGCAGGAGGAUCGCACGGUGCGCAAGAUCUGCAUGCUCGACCACCACGUUGUGAUGGCCUUUGCCGGUCUCACGGCCGAUGCACGUAUCCUUAUUAACCGCGCCCAGGUCGAGUGCCAGAGCCAUCGCCUCAACGUAGAGGAUCCGGUGACCCUCGAGUACAUCACCAGAUACAUUGCUCAGCUGAAGCAGAAGUAUACGCAGAGCAAUGGCCGCCGUCCCUUCGGAAUAUCCUGCCUUAUUGGCGGCUUCGAUGCCGACGGUUCUGCACAUCUGUUCCAGACCGAACCGUCCGGAAUUUUCUACGAGUACAAGGCAAACGCCACCGGGCGCUCGGCGAAAGUGGUGCGCGAGUUCUUCGAGAAGACCUACCGCGAGGAGGAGGUGAGCACCGAGCGCGGAGCCGUCAAGCUGGCUAUCCGCGCCCUCCUCGAGGUGGCCCAGUCUGGCCAGAACAAUCUGGAGGUAGCCAUCAUGGAAAAUGGCAAACCACUGAAAAUGCUGGACAGCAAAGUCAUCGCCGAGUACGUUAAGAUCAUUGAGAAGGAGAAGGAGGAGGAGCUUGAAAAGAAGAAACAGAAAAAGUAACACUCAGUUGGCACUCUUCGAGGGAAGGCCUUCUUUGAACUGUUUUCCAAAUCUACAUGGUGGCACUGUUGUAAAGCCCCCACUAUUCCUGCUUAUUAGAGCAGAUGGCUUUGACUUGGAAAACGCUUCAACCCCUAGCUUCGGCAGCCCGAAUGCAAUUUUUUUUAACUAAUAAUUUUCUAUUCUUUGGAACUUUGUAUAACGGUAUAAAACUAUAUGAUAUGUAUAAAAUACAUGUGUCAUCGUUCAUUAAACGGAA